UGAACACUUACGAACUUGAAGACAAGCUGUGCUACGCAAGAUAUUAAAAAGAGCAUGGGCAUGUAGGAGCACUAAUUAUGAGACAUUACAAGGUGCAAAUGGGAAAAUUGAGUUGCAGCAUGAAGUUAAAUUCUUCAUUACUUCAUACCAUCAUGGCAGAAAAUUCCACAACUAAUUACAAGAAAACUGGGAAUCAAUUCCCUGCUUAAGGAAUGUCAAACACUGAAUAGGACUGAUAUUUCAGAUCUACUUGCAUUGCUCAAAGAUACAUUCCAUCCUGAGAAGCCGAGAUUACAAGAUA